GUUUAUAUAUUACCUCUUUGAAAUGGUUUUGUUUGAUGAAAUUAAAUAUUAUUUAGUCAAUUUUGUCAGUAAAAUAUUUAUGGCUAGUUGCAAAACUCCUAAAUAUAAGCGAAAAUGCAACUCUGAAUAUAUUCGAAUUCUUUUGACAUUUGACACGUUUGGACAUUUUAUUACGUCUACUUUCGCAUUAUUUAAUUCGUAUAUUUUGUUUUAGCAUGUCGAACUCAAAUCGAAGUCGUACACUUUUAAAAGGGUCUAUGAUAAAAGAUGACUCACCUGAGGAUGGAUUGUAUUCACUCGAAAAAUUACGCACAUCCCCCGAAUUAUGGCCUGAAAAAAUUCCUGGUAUAAGUAAUUUUAUUGCAAUGAGUGACACUCCUAUACGCACCCCGGUACCGCAGUGGUCCAAGGACCUCUCACAGGAGGACAUAAAUGCUAUGAUACAGCUUAGUAAUAUGCCAUUCAGUAAUCUAAUAAUGGAGAUAAAGAAAAUGUACGAUGAAGCCUAUCAAUUGGGUGUAUCGGAGGCCAAGGAAAUGACACGCGGCAAAUAUUUGGGUAUUUUUAACAAUGCUAAAAAGAAAUCUAUAUGAUUUCAAUUUUCAUUUAACUUUAGCUUGUCUUAAAUAUUUGUAAUAAUUCUAAAAAUAAUAAAUUUAUACAAAAUAGUUUUAAUUGUGCAAACACUGAUAGACUUAUAUGAGUACAAAUGCAUUUAUAAAAAAAUAAACCAUCAAAAUGAAAGACUUUUUAAACUUAAAUAAAACGUGAAUGCUUUGAAAAUC